AUGUCCUCAACCCUAAUCCCACAACCAAACUAUCGCUCAAUCCUAAUCCUACGACCAAAUUAUCGGUGCGCAGAAAAUGCCCGCAAGUCCAAGCAGGCCGAACAGGGCAUCUACUACGACGACAACUACGACUAUCUCAAGCACUUGAAAACCGUAGGCGAAGACCCGGAAGGCGUGCUCAUAGCGGCGCCAAAACGAAAAGGGGUGCACAUUCCAGACCCAACCGCCCCGAUUAUCGACCUGCCCGCGGAUGUGUUUGCGUCGGAAACGCAGAACGAGGUAGGUAUGCUGAAUUUGGCGGCGCCGAGAACGGGGUUGAACGUGGAUGUGGACUUUGAGAUGCUGGCGCAGUUGGAUAGCGAUGCAGAACACGACGACGAGUGGGCUAUGGGAGAUGACUUUAUUGAGCUAGGCGAAGGUGAUGGAGAGGGUAUUGUGGAUGAGGGCCAUGACGAUGAUGCACACCAUGCGGAUGAUACCACGUGGCACUUUAUGAAGAACAAGAACAACACGAGCGCAGCCGCGGGAUCGCUCAGUGGUGGUAGUUACAGCAGCGGAAGCGUGCGAGGCGGGAGAAGCGAUGAUGAUUUCGAAGACUUUGCGGACGAAGAAGUGCAAUCCACCACCUCCCGUUUUACUGAGUACUCCAUGACGUCUUCCGUCAUGCACCGAAACGACAAGCUGCAGUUGCUAGACGAUCAGUUUGAAUCGGCCUGUGUUCUAUUUAUAUCACAGAUCUACGCCCAGUACGAUGAGGAGGACAUGGGUGAGCUGGACGAAGAAACCACUGAGGGCCGCAAAGAACUAGAUGACUUUAACGACCUGCUAGACGAGUUUAUGGCGACAAAAGAAAUCGGCAAGCGUGUGGGCGGUCCUGAAGGUUUCCUUCAUCCCGAUAAAGACGUCAUCAAUAGCGACGCCGUUCAGAGGAGUAUAGCGGGCGCUGUUGAAGAGGUACUAUCGGAUGACGAACGCACCCGACAACGCCUGCACAACGAGAAGAAAGACGAGUGGAUCAAAGAACGGCUCAUGGACGAACUAGAGGAGAAGCGCAUACGCGAGAACAACGCAUGGGAUUGCGAGACGAUAGUCAGCACGUACUCGAACAUCUACAACCACCCCACACUGAUCAAAGAGUCACACACCCGCUCACGAAGGCGUAAGGGGGCCGAGGGAGAUGGGGAGAAAGAGGUCUUGGGGGAAAGUUCGGUACCGGUGGCGGAGGGUGAGAGUGUUGAGAUUGAGACGGGUAAAGGUAGUGGGAAGGGUGUAGGUAACGUGAUUGUAGAGGUGGAUGUGAAGGUGAAAGGGAAUAAGGAUGUAGGAGACUCCCCGGAUGAGGAUGCUGCGAGUGAUUCCGGUAAUGAGAGCGGAGAGGACGAAGAGCCUCUGAAUAAGGGCCAAAAGCGAGACAAGACCGAGAGUAAGGCCGAGAAAAAGGCGAGAAAGGCCGCGGUUAAACAGGAACGACACGCGCGAAGAGCCAACAAGAAGACGACCAAGGGUGUGUACAAGCAGGAGGAACUCAGACAGGAAAAGCUGGUCAAGGGCAAGGUCAAUGUAGUGGAUCUCAGUUAGGUUAAGACGGUUAUAUUGGC